AUGGAUCAGGCCAAGCUGGCACGCAUGCAGGCAGGCAAGGGCACACCCCGCAGGAAGGUCAAGAAGGUCCACAGGGCGGCCGGUACCGACGACAAGAAGCUUCAGGGCGCGCUCAAGAAGCUGAACGUCCAGCCCAUCCAGGCCAUUGAGGAGGUCAACAUGUUCAAGAGCGACGGCAACGUCAUUCACUUUGCGGCACCAAAGGUUCACGCCUCGGUACCUGCCAACACCUUCGCCAUCUACGGCGCCGGUGAGGACAAGGAGCUGACCGAGCUCGUCCCCGGUAUCCUCAACCAGCUCGGCCCCGACUCGCUUGCAUCGCUGCGCAAACUCGCCGAGAGCUACCAGAGCAUGCAGAAGGAGAAGGGCGAGGCUGGCGAGAAGGACGACGACGAGGAUGACGAUGACAUCCCGGACCUCGUUGCUGGCGACAACUUCGAGUCGGCCGAGAACAAGCCUGACGUCGAGUAA